AUGUCAUAUUAUCAACAAGGUCCUCCUCCUCCACAAGGUGGUUAUUAUCAUCAAGGUCCUCCACCACAACAAUAUUAUCAACAACCACAACCAAUGUACGUUCAACAACAACCACAAAAGAGUGGUGGUGGAUGUUGUUCAGCCUUCUGUGGUACUUGUUGUGCUAUCUUGUGUUGUUGCUGUGCUGAAGAUUGUGCCGAAGCUAUGUGUUAA